AUGAAGACGCUGCGCCGGAGGGCGUCUCAUUCCAGGAGCGAGACCUCUGAAUACAGCGAGAAGGAAAAGGAGAUGAUGGCAGAAGUCGAACUGAGGAAACUGCAGCAACAGUUUCGGAUGUUGGUGGAGAGCCGCAAGUCCCUUGGUCUCAAAACACAGCAACAGUUGUUCCAUCAGGAAAAACACAUCUAUGCCUUGACACAAGAACACGACGCGGUUAAUUUGCUGCUGACUCUCACCAAAUCGCCCCACCACCUUUUCAUUGAUGACCGGAACUUCAUGGAGCUCCGAUUCCUUCUGCAGACCAAAGACGAGUACGAUGCUCUCAUCAGAGCCACCAAGAAUUUGAUUGCAGAACUUGAUGACAAGGUAGAAGAGAUGGAGAAAAAGAUUAAAACUCAGAAAGUCCUGAUGCUGAAGCUGAGGCAGGAGUAUGAUGGCAAGUGGCUCCACAAGCAGAUCCACAAACUGGAGAACCGCCUCAACCACGCUACGGUACAUUUUGACACGAUCUUAACCAGAAACGCCAUGCUCCGUGAAGAGAUAGAAACCCUGCAGUGCCAGAAGGGGACUUAUGAAGGCAUCUACUCACGGCUUCACAAGAGGUUUGAGCAGCAAAAGAGGACCAUGAAUGCAUCCAUUGAGCAGUCAACCCAAGCCUACGAGCAGAGGGUUGAAGCCCUGGCGAGGAUCUCUGCCAUGAACGAACGGCGGUCCAAGGAUAUUGCCCAGUUCAACCUUGAGUUUCGGGAGCUGGAGCGAAUCUAUAACCACGAGACCAAGCUGAAGGCAUUCAUGCUCAUCAAACUGGUGGACCGCUCAGAAAUUGAGGAACAGGCCAAAAAGGAAGAAGUGACCAAGGCCAGGAAGCGGGCCAAGUCGAAAGGAGAGAGCUUCGAGAGCUACGAGGUGGCCUACAUGCGACUGCUGAAGCUGACGGAAAACGGGGACAUCGGGCAGCUGGUGGAGGACUUCCUGGAGAAGGAAGAGAAGAACUUCGCCUUCUUCAGCUACGUCACCGAACUGAACAACGACAUGGAAAGGCUGAAGAAGAGGAUUGAGGAGGUCCAGAACGAAAUCAGCCACUUGAAAUCCCAGCAGAAGGCAGAUGAAAAUGUCAUUCAUGGCAGCCUGAAAGGCAUGGAGGAGAAGCUGCAGAAGACCACCGAAAGAACCAACCUCUAUGCUUACAAUCUGAAAGAGAGCAGCAAGAUCUUGGACCAGCUGAAAUCCGCCAUGGAUUUCCUGUUCAAGCGGAUCGGCUGCGAUGCCACCAAGAUCAAUCGGCACCUGGGAGAGACUGGAGAGGUCACGGAUCAGAAUCUAAUGGAGUAUUUCAGCAUUCUUGAAAAGAAAAGUAACGACCUUCUGCUGGUCGAAUCCUUCCUGCGCUACAAGCAAGUCGAAGGGGAGCUGGAUUCGGUCCCGUUGCAGAAUCCCUUUUUGGGCGGGAGUGCCUUGAUGAAGAAAAUGGAGCCCAUUAAAAUGGCUCCACCUUCCUUCAGCGUGGAUCCGUUUGCAGACAUGCCAGAGCCCAUGGAACCCCUGGACCACAAAAACCUGCGCUCCAUGGUCUUGGAGAACCAGGAGAAGGAAAAGGCCAGGUGGAACUCCGUCACGGAAAGAUCAGAGAGUGGCGGCAAAGAUAAAAAGAAACAGUCACCCCUGUAG